AUGUUCCAAUUUUUCACCGAGAGCAGCAACAGCAGCAGGCUGUCGGCUCCUCCUACCGACACCUCUUCCCAUGUCGCGUCCUCGUCAGGCUCUACGCCUCCUACCACUGUUGCAGACAGCGCCAGCCAGCUCUCCCAAGGCUCUGGCGACGAGGUCAUGACCGACGACGUGAUCCCUGCCUCCAAGCCAACCGUUACUCACGAUCAGCCCGCCUCUCCCCAGCGACCCCGCCGUUCUCGCCUCAGCGCGCCCAUAUAUAACUUGUCCAAGCUCUCUGGCACCGACGGCCACGGCAAGCGUCGCGCUAAUGGCGAUGAUGUGGCCGACCGCCGUCGCCGUACCAUCUCAGGCGACACCCUUAUCGGAAGUUUCCUCACACAGAGCCCGUCUCACAAGACGCACAACCUCGACGCGUUCGAUGCAAACUGGUCGCCUAGAAGCGCCAACAGCCCCCGCACAAGACGGCAAGCACGCGAGUCUCCCAGAGCACUGCGCGCAUCGUCGAGGCGCAUAACCACUGGCGGCGUGUCCAAUUUCGGAAAUAGAGUCUCGAAAAUCACAAAGCGAACUGGUAGAGCCGUCGCCAAGGGUGUAAGCAGAAUCUCGCGCGAGCUUAGCCGUCUGCAGGACACCAAGGAGUUUGCUGGCUUGGACGACAAACCUGUACUGCACACCAUCUGGUCCAAUGGCAAGUUUGUCGACCCCAAUGAAAUCAAGAAGGCGCCCGAGCCCAAGAAGCCCAAGGCGAAGCCGGUGGAAGAGGAAGCUGAAAAGGAAGAACCCAAGGCGCCCGAACCACCCAAGGAAAGGCAGCCCAAGAAAUAUCUCGACAAGGGCCUUUACGCCGGCCAGGAAGUACCAGCAGAUAUCGCCAAGGGUCUCACCAUCGCGGAAAAGAAGGAGCUCGCGCAAUAUCCCGAGCUCGCAGCCAAGCCUCGUCCCAACUCGGUCAUGCCACCAGUUCUGUAUACUGGUUUCCGCAUGCUCAUUGCUGGCCGUGAUUUUAAGCUUCCUUUCCUUACCUGCAACCCGCUCCCGCCUGGCCAGCCCAAGCCCGAUGAGUGGAAGAAGAUGACCAAGAACCGAUUUAUUGGCGAUUCGAAAGACUACUGGCGAAAGGGUGAUCAUUGGGGAGACUACCAGUCCAAGUGUGUCUGCAAGCCUGACGACCCCUGCGGCGAGGACUGCCAGAACCGCAGCAUGCUUUACGAAUGCGACGAGUACAACUGCAACGUGGGCAAGGAAAUCUGCAACAACAGAUCCUUUGCCAAUCUGCAAGCAAGACGUGCCAAGGGUGGCAAGUAUCGCGUAGGCGUGGAAGUCAUUAAGACGUCGGAUCGCGGCCACGGCGUGCGAAGUAACCGCUGCUUCCGCCCUCACCAAAUCAUCAUGGAGUAUGCUGGUGAGAUUAUCACAGAGGAAGAGUGCGAGCGACGAAUGAGAGAAGAAUACAAACACAACGACUGCUACUAUUUGAUGAGCUUUGACCAGAACAUGAUUAUCGAUGCCACGACGGGCAGCAUUGCGCGCUUCGUCAAUCACAGCUGCGAUCCCAACUGCCGCAUGAUCAAAUGGGUCGUCUCCGGACAACCGCGCAUGGCGCUCUUUGCUGGUGACAAGCCCAUCAUGACGGGCGACGAGCUCACAUACGACUACAACUUUGACCCGUUUUCUAACAAGAGCGUGCAAAAGUGCCUGUGCGGCUCCAAGAACUGCCGUGGCGUCCUCGGCCCGCGACCAAAGGAAGUGCGCGUGCCCAAGACGGACCUCAAAAAGGCCGUCAAGGCAACCGUCAAGGCCGGCAAGCGCAAGCUCAAGGAGUUCCUUGGCGACGAAGGUUCCCCCGGCGGCAACAAGAUCAAGAAGCGCAAGAUUAAGCCCGCCACUGGCGUCAAGCGCACUCUGUCUAGUGUCAGCGUCAAGGCCGCCAAGGGCGCCGCAUCUGCUCUUAAGAGGGGCAUCUCGAGCAUCACGGUCAAGAAGGCAACGGGUAAAGCUGCUACCAAAAAACCUGUGGUAAAGGGCAAGAAGAAGCUCAACGCACCAGCACUGCUUAAGAAGUCUGCUGCUGCCGGUAACCGCGGUGGCCGCAGCGUGAGCGGACUGAGCAACAACAACUCGCGCACCAAGCUCAUUUCUGCCUCGCGGUCCUCGAGCCUCACUAUUGUCGGCAUGAGCGACGAGAACAUUCGCGCUGGCCGCAAGCCUAGCGCUACGCAGAAGAAGACGCCGGCAAGCCCCAAGGCAGCGACUGUCAAGACGACGCCUAAGCCUCGCAAGGUGUCGAGCAAGAAGACGACUACCAAGAUGCCUCCUCGAGCUGCUGGAGCCAAGGCCAAGGCCAAGACUGAUUAA